UCUGACUCAGACCCAGGCCCACAACAGGCCCCUCAGGAUGCAAAAGACGACAGCCUCGUCCUUGCUGCCGAUAUUGAUGGGAGCGAGGAGAAGCUCCCCUGGCCCAUUGCUUAUCUUAUUCAUAGAGCUUACCAUAAGUUUUUCACCCGUUCGUCGUCCGUGAAGGGUCGUGCACGGUGGCCGAUGCGAGAACUCAUCCGAAUUUCCUCUUCCAGGGUGGGAGGCACGAUGGGGGCAAUCAUCACCUGCCCUUUGGAGGUGGUGAAGACUCGCCUCCAGUCCAGUGUUGCCACAUUCCAAGUGCACCAGUUGCAGCUCCCCCCUGUCGCCUCCACCGGUGCCACUGGCUCCACCACGUGCCGGACGUUCCAGAGGCGGCAGUUCUCGUGCGCUCCCCGGCUCCUGCGACCCGAGAUGUACGCGAUAGCCCACGCCAGCGGGUGUCCCCACCCGAAGCCGAAUUCCAUUGGUCUCUUUCGCUGCCUGAAGUCAGUCUUAUUGGAUCUCACUCUUGCAGUAUCAUAUAGUGUGAAGCAGUUCUCUAUUGUAAGACCUGAAACUGCUGGUGACAAGAACCAAGGAGUAUCACUGUAC